AUGUCUAACAAUAAUGUGCCUCGUGUAGCUGUUGGUGUUCUCUAUAGUCAAGAAGAUCGUGAUACUGCUUUAUCUGUUACUUCAGCUAAAGAAACAGGCCAUGAUUUUAUAAUUCUUCCUAUAACGCAUUCUGAUUAUAAACGUUUUUUGUUUGAUAAAGUUGAGGAUAACAAAGAAAAACGGUUAAUGGAAGAGUGGAGAAAUGGGAAACCUUUUUUAAAAAAUGAUUUGAUCAUACAAAAUAAUGAACACGUCGAUUAUUUGGUUGGAAAAAUUUCAGAUUGGAUCGAUUUGGAUUCUUCGAAUCAUCAAGUUAGGACAAAUUCCGAAAUAGCUUUAAAUCAACAAUUCUCUUGGGCGGCACAUUUAGGGUUAACUGCUAUCUUUGUACCAACACCAACAAAUUCUUUCCUUAAUUAUGCAAGAAGUUUAAACAAAAUUCUUGGAAAUUCGACUUAUACACAUAUUUGGAUGAGAAUACCUAUAAUCAAUGAAGAUACACCCUAUUCUAAUGAUAUUGAAAUGUGGGAAAAAUGGAACAAGUUUAGGACAUUUUGUGAAAAUCACCAUAAAUUGUCUAUCGCAUUGGAAUUGUCGGUAAACCUGCCUGAUGACGUUUACCUUGAACGAUGGUUUGCAGAACCCAUCAAGGCUGUCAUAUUGCCUACAAAAAUAUUUUUGACUAACGUCAAAGGUUAUCCUGUAUUGAGCAAAAAGCAUCAAGGAUUUGUCAAAAAAUUAAUGAAGUAUAAACCAAGUUUUGUUGUUUUUGACGACAUGACUAGUAAACAUCAGGAUGUAGGAUUUGCCGCAUAUCAGGAAUAUGUCAGACAUAUUAAUCGCACAAUGCCUGAACCUAAUCAAAUCGAGCAAUUUGGUAAUGGAUACCAAGAUUUUCUACAAUCUCCUUUACAGCCACUUAUGGACAAUUUGGAAUCUUCCACAUAUGAAAUAUUUGAAAAAGAUCCUGUGAAAUAUGCACUUUACGAGAAGGCUGUAUAUUAUGCUCUUCUUGAUCGUGUUGCACUCGAAUCAAAUGAAAUAACUGUUAUUAUGGUAGUUGGGGCUGGUCGUGGUCCCCUAGUUACAAGAAGUAUAAAAGCGGCGGAGAAAGCAAAUCGUAAAGUGCGAAUAUAUGCCGUUGAAAAAAAUCCGAAUGCAUUUGUCAUAUUACAGAACAUGAAAUCUGAAGUGUGGGGCGAUAAAGUCACAAUCGUGUUUGGUGAUAUGCGUAAAUGGAAAGCUCCCGAAAAGGCGGAUAUUCUUGUAAGUGAACUUUUAGGUUCAUUUGGUGAUAAUGAAUUAUCUCCAGAGUGUUUGGACGGCGCGCAAAAAUACUUGAAACGUAGAACAUUCAUUUCCCCACUUUCAUCAUCGAAACUUUAUAAUGAAGUUUCUGCCUAUAAGGAUCUCGUACAUUUCGAGACACCUUAUGUUGUGAUGUUUCAAUCUGUUACUGAAUUGGCAAAACCUCAAGAAAUUUGGCAGUUCGAACAUCCAAAUGGAUCGUUUGUAAUAGAUGAAGAAGAAAAUCCUGUGAAUAAUUAUCAUAACACCAGAUAUUCCAAAGUUACUUUUAAUAUAACAAAUAGUGGAAUACUACAUGGGAUUGCGGGAUAUUUUGAAUCAGUUUUGUAUAAAGAUGUCACAAUGAGUAUUCUUCCGGCUACACAUUCUGAAGGAAUGUUCAGUUGGUUUCCAAUAUUUUUUCCUUUAAAGGUACCGAUUUAUAUCACAUCAAAUUCAACUUUAAAUAUUUAUUUUUGGAGAUUAACUAGCUCCAAAAAAGUAUGGUAUGAAUGGUGUGUAGACGCAUCGCUCACAGUAGGAUCCGAAACAAAAUCAUAUGGAUCUUCCAACAUACAAAACGUUGGGGGAAGAUCAAGUUGGAUCGGACUAUAA